AUGGCAGCAGCUUCAGCUUCAAGCUUGCAAAAUGCAGCCUUUAGACCCUCUCUUUUCUCAGCUGGUAGAAUCAUUAGAGCAGGCGUGGCAAGUGUUGGCAUCGAUCAUCAAGGGGCAUCGUGCUCUAAGCUUUCCAGUGCUUGUCAUAUAUCAACUGGACAACUCUUCCACCGUACUUUCACAUCAUCUCCCUCAAAAUUUAAUAAAGUCGUCACAAAGGCAAUGUCUGAAGCUGGUGAAAACAAGCCUGAUCUCGGAUUGCCGAUCAAUUUGAAAGGGAAAAGAGCAUUUAUAGCAGGAGUUGCUGAUGAUAAUGGAUAUGGUUGGGCUAUUGCAUAA